AUGGGGCUCGACGAAACAGAAAGUAUCAGCAUUAAGAAACUUCUUGGGCUUAAGGAGCAGAAAUUGACCCUAAGGGUGCGGGAAUUAGAAUAUGAUCUAAUAGAGGAGCGGCGAAGGGAGCCGUUACCAGUGAUCAUAAAUGGGAAUGAAGGCAUCAGGGUGGUCGGUAGGUCCGAGAGCACACCAAGAAAGCCUUUCAAGGAGCACUUCAAACAGGAGAUGGCUAAACAAGUUUACAAGGAAUUUUUUGAAGUGGCCGAAAAGAUCCCCACUGGCACCUUUGAAGGGACUAGCGCCAAGCUCGAAAUUAAGGAGAUCCGAAAAUGGUUGGAGCCUCGAAAGAGGAACUAA